AUGGCUGACAACGCCCCACCAGCGACUUCUUCGCUGCCUCCCCCUCCCCAUCAGUCAUCUGCCGGCGCUCCUGGCCAGCAGCAGCAGCAGCAGCAACAACAGCAGCAGCAGCAGUUCGACAACUCUCAGGGAAAUGGACAGCCAAACCCGUCACACAUGCCGCCCCCACCGCUUCCGCCGGUUGUCAUCCCGCAAAACACCAACCCAAUCCCUACGGCCAUCACCUCGCCCAUGUCAGGCAACAUGAUGUCGCCCACUGCUGCUGGUGGAUAUGUGCGUCGUUCUGCCCCAGAGCCAAACAAACGAGCUCUCUACGUUGGUGGCCUUGACCCUCGCGUCACAGAAGACAUCUUGAAGCAGAUCUUUGAGACCACUGGCCAUGUCCAGAGUGUCAAGAUCAUCCCUGACAAGAACUUCCAGAGCAAAGGCUUGAAUUACGGCUUUAUAGAAUACGACGACCCUGGUGCGGCAGAGCGUGCUAUGCAGACCCUUAAUGGCCGCCGUGUUCACCAGUCAGAAAUUCGUGUCAACUGGGCUUACCAGUCUAACACUGCCUCCAAGGAGGACACCUCCAACCAUUUUCACAUUUUUGUUGGUGACCUCAGCAACGAAGUCAAUGACGAAGUCCUCCUCCAGGCCUUCUCUGCCUGCGGUUCCGUCUCCGAAGCUCGUGUUAUGUGGGAUAUGAAGACGGGUCGAUCUCGUGGCUACGGAUUUGUUGCCUUCCGCGACAGAGCCGAUGCUGAAAAGGCCCUCAGCUCCAUGGACGGAGAGUGGCUUGGUUCCCGUGCCAUCCGCUGCAACUGGGCCAACCAAAAGGGCCAGCCUUCCAUCUCCCAGCAACAAGCCAUGGCUGCCAUGGGCAUGACUCCUACUACCCCCUUCGGGCAUCACCACUUCCCUACUCACGGUGUCCAGAGCUACGACAUGGUCGUUCAGCAGACUCCCCAAUGGCAAACUACCUGCUACGUCGGCAACCUCACCCCCUACACCACCCAGAACGACCUCAUCCCCUUGUUCCAGAACUUUGGGUAUGUCGUCGAGACCCGCUUCCAGGCUGACCGUGGCUUCGCCUUCGUCAAGAUGGACACACAUGAGAAUGCUGCCAUGGCCAUCUGCCAGCUCAACGGCUACAAUGUCAACGGCCGCCCUCUCAAGUGUAGUUGGGGUAAGGACCGUCCGCCAACCGGUCAAUUCGACGCAUACUCGCCUCAGCAGAGUGGAAACCCAGCCUUCAACUCUGGCACUUCGCCAUACUUUCCUCAAUACGGCGGCCCAGGUGGCCCGAUGACUCCUCAAGGUGGAAUUCCCCCAGCUCAAGGCUACCCUCAAGUUCAAGUUCCCGUGCAGGGAGGCCCUGGAGGCCCUGGAGGUCCCGGAGGGCCUGGUGCCGCCUCUGCUGGCUACGGCCGUGGCCAGUCCAACCCUCCUUCCGCCGGAUGGGCCCAGCAACCUAACAACGGUGUCGGUGUUGGUGGUGCUGGUGGAAACUUUGGUAACGGUUUUGGUGGUUAUCAGACUUGA